UGUAACGCAUUUGAAUCCAUCGAAAAUCCUGAAGGCGAUGCGGGCCGACAAGGGGGAGAUGGUGCGCAACGCCCACCUCCUCGGCUUCUUCCGCCGCAUCUGCAAGCUCCUCUUCCUUCGCACCAAACCCGUCUUCGUCUUCGACGGCGCCACCCCCGCCCUCAAGCGCCGCACGGUCGCCGGCCGUCGCCGCCACCGCGAUCGCCCCCGUGCCAAGAUCCGCAAGACCGCCGAGAAGCUCCUCCUCAACCGCCUCAAGGCGAAGAGGCUUGAAGAAUUGGCAGCCGAGAUCAAGAAGCAGAAGGAAGGAUCGAAGGAGAAGCAGAUUACGGACGAGGACACAAAGGGGAAAAAGGUGUUGGAUUCGAAUGACGAAAUUGGGGCUGAAGGAAGCAGCGUUCUACCUCGUGGUGAUAUGGAAUCAGGGGUUUCUUCCCAGGAAAACCUAGAUGAGCUAUUGGCCGCAUCCCUUGCUGCGGAGGAAGAGAUGGAGAUCAAUAAGAAUGUGCUUACAUCCGAGGGUGGUCUGGAUGAAGCGGAGGACGACAAUGAUGAAAAUGAAGAAAUGAUUUAUGACUCACAUGACCAAGCCGGUAUUGUCUACAAUGGCAGUUUGGUGCCUCUUCUUAAACUUCUUGACUCGAAAAAUGGAUGUUUGCAACAUAUUGCUGCAUUUGCUCUUUAUGGUAUUGCAGAGAAUGAGGAUAAUGUCUCUGAUUUUAUCAAGGUAGGAGGUGUUCAAAAGCUACAAGAUGGUGAAUUCAUUAUCCAGGCAACUAAGGACCGUGUAGCAAAGACAAUGAAGAGAUUAGAGGAGAAGAUUAAUGGGCCAGUACUAAAGCAUUUAUUAUAUCUGAUGCGAGUUGGAGAGAAGGCUGUCCAAAGACGUAUAGCUUUGGCUCUUGCUCAUUUAUGUUCACCUGAGGAUCAAAGAACUAUUUUCAUUGAUGAUGAUGGACUUGAUCUUCUUCUCGAACUACUGGGAUCGACUAAUCUAAAACAACAGCAAGAUGCAUCAGUUGCUCUUUACAAGGUGUACCUGGGCGAGCAGUAUGUGAAUAGCUCCACGCUAUCUGAUGUUACCUUUCUAGUUGAAGGCAAGUGCUUUUAUGCACACAUAAUUGCUCUGCUUGCUUCUUCGGUUGCAUUUCGUGCAAUGUUUGAUGGUGGCUACCGGUGCUCAUAUAAAUACUUGCCUAUUGACAACUUCAACUUGAAAUGCUUGUCAGGGUGUCCUCGAUAUCAAAGUAAAGAUCAUAUUGGAUUAGGAUCUUAAAGUAAAGCAGGGCCCCAUGACUCCUUUGCCAGAUCAUGUUACAAUUCAUGCCCCAAAGGAGGAAGAGGAGUUAAUCCAACCUCCUGUUCUGCCUCUAGAGAUUUAAUUUGAAUGCUACAACCUUUGCAAAAGGAAUUAGGAUUACAUUUCUUCUUGAUAAGCUUGCGGCAGGUAACAAGCCAAAGUUCUUCUGAUUUAUGUGCUUGUACUAGUCCUAGAUUAACAUGAAGGAAGAUUGGGAGUCUUUAGGCCCAUAUCUUAGUUUGUUCCAAUCUUCUCAGGAGCGUCAUUUGUUCUUAUCAUUUGUUUUGGUACCCAACAUGGUUACCCCUUAUUUCGACAAUUUUUACUGUUUUGUAGACUUGAUAUUAGUUUUUUGAAUUCGUUUGUAACUUCCAAAGCUAGAAUAGUAGACUCAGAUUGAUUGUCUAAAUUCAUUCAAAAUUCUGAAUAUUAGUUAAUAGAUGCAAUUUGAUCAUUUUUUCAUGUGCUAAGAUGAAUGGUAUGUUCUUCUAUCUCAAUUGUCUUGUAUUUCUUAACGGUGGCUUAUUAGUUGU